AAUGUAUCUGCAUCAUCUUUAACAUCGGUGCGGACGAAUAACAAUGGCCUGCCUUCAAUAUCGGCUGUUGGCGCUGCCAUUCGCUUGUUUCGGGAGGGGUCAGAGAUUCCUUUCAUCGCGCGAUAUCGGAAGGUACCCACAGAGCACAUGGGAGAAGGCGCGCUUCGAAUAGUGAAGCGGGCCUAUACGUCCAGCGAUGAUUGCGAGCGAAGACGCGGGACGAUUUUUCUCACGCUGCAGAAGAGACAAAAGCAGCAUAUCGCUGAUGGUAGAGAGGGGUCGUUGUAGUCGUUGGUUUUUCCACCGCGGCUGCUGGCUAGAAGCUUGUGAUAGUUUUUUUUCACUGCAGGAUGGACUACCGAAACACCAAUACAAGAACGCUGAGCUGAUACUAACCUACUCACUUUUAUGUAGAACUGUAACUGUCCAGCAGCGUUGCAAGUACUGUCUCGUCAUCAUGUGAAUACUUUCACGAAGCUAUUGCAUUCUGUCGUACUAACUAGCCUCUCCCACCUCCUCCCACGAUUGUACUGUCCGUAGGUACCAAGACUGGGAUCGAUAGACACGUGCUUGCAAGUGUGCGGAAUGCGAGAAAUCUCGAGGAGCUGGAGGAAAUAUACUCUCCAUACAAGGAUGGGCAGCAGACGAUGGAUAAAGCGGCUCGUGCGCGCGAGCUCGGUCUUCA